AUGUCUUCUUCAAAUUACCAAGAGAUGAAUAAUAAUAAUUAUAAUAGUAAUAAUAUUAAUGACAAUGAUAAUGACUCUAAUAAUCUGUAUGUCCCACCAAGAGGCUCUAACAACUCUGACAACCAGCAAAGACGUGUCCCAAAGCAUAUUCAUGUCGCUCAUAGAAGAACGCAAUCUGAAUUGACUAAUCUAAUGAUUGAACAAUUAACUUUGCAAAGACAGUUGGAACAAGUUCAACAGCAACAACAGCAACUAUUGGCUCAACAACAACAAUAUGAACAAGCGGCUGGCUAUUCAAUGCCUACUCCUCCUUUUGUUAAUAAUUACAACAAUUUUAAUAAUAAUAAUAAUAAUAAUAAUCAUAAUCAUAAUCAAGGAAAUAGAAGUAGAACACAUUCUAGAAAUAAUUCAGGAUAUUAUCAAGACUAUAAUAAUACGAAUUUUAAUGUAAAUUCAAAUAACAAUAAUAAUAAUGGUACUCCUACUAAUCCUCAUAGAAGAACCGGUUCAUCAUCGAAUGUCUAUGGACAUUCAAGAAGACACUCUUUACAAAUUAAUGAAGCUAAAAAGGCAGCAGCUACAGAACAAGCUAAAAGAACUGGGAUUGACAUAAAUGUUGAAGAUACAUCUUUCACAUUUUCCAACUUAUCAAAUGAAUAUCCGAAUAAUAACAUUGCAUCAUUGGCAUCUCAAGAGCAAAGUAGCUUUAAGUUUCCACCUUCAUCUACUGACACAGGUUCACAUCGUAGAACUAACUCUAACUCGGUUCCAUUCUUCAAAUUUCCGCCAAAUAACACCAAUUAUGAUACGUCUGGCAAUGAUGAUGAUUUUAUCCCUUCUUCUUCUACUUAUCGUCGUCAAAGGACAAGAAAUAACAAUAACAAUGAGCCAUUUUCACCAUCUGGAAUUAAUUCGAAUUGGAGAGCACAAUCCAUUUCUCAAAAUCAACAACCAAAUUCGAACCAAUUUUUGUCACCUCAAUUCCAACCUUCGCCAUCACAACCCAUCCAACAGCAACAAUCUUAUUCUUAUAAUCAGUCACCCUAUCAUGGCCACAGAAAAGCUAAUUCAAGAGACUUUAAUUCUUUUAGUAGUCUUGAGCCACCAGCAGUCUUCCAACAAGGUCACAGAUCACGUCCAUCCAACUCGUCUAUUCAAAGUUUCCAAUCCAAUACUACAAAUGGUGGUUCUCAAAGAAAAUCACUUUUCGCACCUUACUUGCCACAAGCUAAUAUUCCACAAUUAAUUCAAGAAGGGAGAUUGGUUGCUGGUAUUCUUCGUGUUAAUAAAAAGAAUAGAUCUGACGCCUGGGUCUCAACUGAUGGUACUUUGGAUGCAGAUAUUUAUAUCUGUGGAUCAAAGGAUAGAAAUAGAGCUUUGGAAGGUGAUUUGGUCGCAGUUGAAUUGUUGGUGGUUGAUGAGGUUUGGGAAUCUAAAAAAGAGAAGGAAGAAAAAAAGAGAAGAAAAGACGCAAGUUUGCAAGAAGAUUUUGUUAAUUUGAAUAGUAAUGAUGACUAUCACAACGAUGCUUCAGGAAGUGUCAAUGCAACAACAAAUAUUAGUGGUUCUGCCAUAUCUUCUAAUGCUGCAACCACUAGUGCAUCUCUUGUAUCAUCUACAUAUGGUGAUGAUCACAUAAUUUCUACAUCCACCCUUGGUGGUUCGUUGUCAAGAAAUGAUACUGAUAAUGACAUGAUGUCCUCAAAUAAAAUUGGUUUAAAAAGAAAGGGUUCUUUGAAACAACGUCCAACCCAAAAGAAAAAUGAUGAUGUUGAGGUUGAAGGUCAAUCUCUACUAUUAGUAGAAGAAGAAGAAAUUAAUGACCAAUUUAAACCUUUAUAUGCAGGGCACGUUGUUGCUGUUCUAGAUCGUAUUCCUGGCCAAUUGUUUAGUGGGACUUUGGGUUUGUUGAGACCAUCCCAAGUAGCUAAUAAUAAGAAUAAGGAUGUUGCUAAUAAUGGCGAUUCGGUAGCUAAGGCGCAACAAGCACCCAAAAUUGCAUGGUUUAAACCUAUCGAUAAGAAAGUUCCAUUGAUUGCUAUUCCAACUGAAUUAGCACCAAAGGAUUUUGUUGAAAACGCAGAUAAAUAUGCAGAUAAAUUAUUUGUUGCUUCUAUAAAACGUUGGCCAAUUACUUCAUUACACCCAUUUGGUAUUUUGGUUUCUGAAUUAGGGGCUAUUAACGACACAAAAACAGAAAUUGAUUCUAUAUUGAGAGAUAACAAUUUCUUAUCUAAUGAGUAUUUAGAUCCAAAGGAUCCAAGUCAAGAAAAAUCCACUUAUCAGCCAUUUCCAAUCGAUGAGGAAAAUUGGAAUAAGAGAACAAAGUUUGAUGAGAGUUUUAAUAUCAUUGGAUUUACUGAAAGAGGUACUAUUUCAGAGUUUGCAUUACAUCUCAAAUCAAAUAAUGAUGGCACUUUAGAGUUGGGGUGCCAUGUUGUUGAUGCUACCGAGCAGAUCGAUGCUAAUUCUUCCCUUGACAAGAGAGCAAGAAAGAGAUCCACAGGUGUAUUUAUGCCCCAAAGAGUUGUUAAUUUGUUACCUCAGGCUUUGAAUGAUGGUUUAACUUUUAAGGCAAAUAAGGAGAAUGCAGCCAUUUCGAUUGUUUAUACAUUAGAUGUCAAAACUUUGAAAAUUAAAUCUACAUGGAUUGGAGAAUCUGUUAUAACUCCUGGUAGUAUUGUUGACAUAACCACUGUUGAAAAUAUCUAUAAUGGUGUUAAAAAUCCUUUCUAUUGUAAAUUAGAGGAAAUAGCUACAUGCUUUUAUAGAGGUAGAAUCAAUUCCACUGAUGCUAAACUAGCACCAGUCUUAUCACUGUUUGAGAGUUUGGAUGAUGAAAAAGUUAAAGUUGAUUUGAAUAUUUUUGACAGAUCCUAUUGGAGUAUCAUAUUGAAUGAGAUUCAAAGGAAAGUGAACUGUACUGUAGCUGAAAGAAUAUAUUCUAAACUUGGUGAUAAGGCAUUCUUAAGAAGACAAGCUCAACCUAUUGUAACUAAAAUGUGUACUUUCAAGAAGAAAAUUCAAAAAUUUGGAUAUGAUGUUGACACUACAUCUCCAGACACUAUUAUUAGAUCGAUAUUGCAAAUACCUGAUGAUGAUGUAAGAAAAGGAGUAGAAAUACUUUUGUUUAAGACAUUAUCCAGAGCUAAAUAUUUUGUUGCUGGAAAAGUCGAUCCAGAUCAAUAUGGUCAUUUUGCAUUAAAUUUACCAAUCUAUACCCACUUUACCCAACCUUUGAGAAGGUACGCAGACCAUGUUGUCCAUAGACAAUUAAAAUCUAUUAUUAAUAAUACAUCAUAUGAUGAUGAUGUUGGUUCUUUGAAAAUUACCGCAGAAUAUUGUAAUUUUAAGAAGGAUUGUGCCUAUCAGGCUCAGGAACAGGCUGUCCAUUUGUUACUUUGUAAGACAAUAAAUGAUAUGGGUAAUGCAACAGGUCAAUUAUUUACUAUGGCUACAGUAUUACAAGUUUAUGAGUCUUCAUUUGAUGUGUUUAUCCCUGAAUUUGGUAUUGAAAAGAGGGUUCAUGGUGACCAGUUGCCAUUAAUCAAGGCAGAAUUUGAUGGAGAAAAGAAAAUACUGGAAUUACAUUGGCAACGUGGCAUAGAUAGUGCUACAUAUAUUCCAGAAGAUGAAAGGAAUCCAAAGUCAUAUAGGAAUUCAAUCAAGAAUAAAUUCAAAUCUACUACUGCUGAAAUUGCAAAUAUGGAAUUCAGUUCUAUUGACAAUGGUGAUUCUAUGAUUAGUGAUUCUUUAGCAGAAGAACUUUCAAAACUCCAAAUUACUACCCCUGUUUUAAGAUUACCUGAACGUAGCUCUUCAGAAGAAGAUGCAUUAGAGGCAUUCAUUAAUACUACUGUUAUUAGAAAAGAAAAUGACUGUUACAUCCAAGAAAUUCAUGAACUACAACAGGUUCCAAUAUUAUUAAGAGCAGAGAUCGGUAUGGCCUUACCAUGUCUUUCUGUCCGUGCAUUAAAUCCAUUUAUUAAGAGAGGUUAG